AUGCCGCCUACAAAUGCGUUCGAAGACACGAAUGCAUACCAAGCAGGCGACGCGCACUCUGCGGUGACGCUGGCAGCGGCUGGAGCAAGCUUGUUCUGGUACAUUACGAUUGCUGUCAUCUGCAGCAUUGGGUACAUACAACUAUGGAGGCACUGCUCUUCCCCGAAACCUAGAGCAAGAUUGAAGGACGAUGAGACGCCUCACAUCACCAUCAUACGACCAGUCAAAGGGCUAGAGCCUCGUCUAUACGACUGCCUAGCAUCAACUUUCCGACAAGAAUACCCACAGAAGAAGCUCCACGUCCGCUUCUGCAUCGCCGACAGGAAAGAUCCUUCUUACAAAGUGGUGAAGCAGCUGGUCGACGAGUUCAAGGAGUACGAUGCCCAGCUUUUGCUUGAAGAGGAGGAUGAUGCGCUUCAAGAUGGAGACAUCAAGUUAGGGCCGAAUCCAAAGAUCCGGAACAUGAGUCGGGCAUACCGAGAGGCCGUCGGUGAUCUCGUUUGGAUAAUCGACUGCAAUGUUUGGGUGGCAAAAGGUGUGCUUGGACGCAUGGUCGGCAAAUUAGAGGGCUACGGAGAGAAGCGCAGGAACAAAUUCGUCCAUCACCUUCCGCUUGUAGUGGACAUUGUUGGGUCUACAGCUGGUGAAGAAUCGAGAGGGCUGUUAAACGACCACACAGAUGCAGAUGCCCAGAUUCGAACCACCAGCUCGGCCAGUGCUACGUUGCAGCAUCAUUCCGAGCGAACCGCCUAUUCUAUUGGUGGAGGAAGGCUGGAAGAGUGCUUUAUGGCCUCGUCGCAUGCGAAGUUUUAUACGGCGUUUCAGACUGUUUUGGCCGCUCCUUGUGUCGUCGGCAAAAGCACAAUGUUUCGGCGAAGCCAUCUCAACAGCCUCACUGACAACCUCGGAAUCGAUUACUUCAGCGAGAACAUCUGCGAGGACCACCUCAUUGGUGAUUUACUCUGGAGGAAGAAGGUGCCAGAGGAGCGGAAUGGCGAGAAAAUGGGCAAGCAUGCUCUUUGCUUUGGAGAUCUCGCCAUUCAACCGAUGGCGAACAUGAGCGUGGGCGAAUACUGGAACCGACGAGCUCGAUGGCUGAGAGUGCGCAAAUUCAGCGUCACUCUAGCAACAUUCGUAGAGCCGGGCAUCGAGCCUUUCUUCUGCUCUUGCUACGGAGCUUUUUCCGCUACUACGCUACCUUUUUUCCAUGACACUUUUGGAGUGCCUCAGACCUGGAGAGCUUUUGCACUCUUCUGGUUGCUCAGCGUCUCGAUCUGGUGUGCGAUGGACUGGACGCUAUACCUGAAGCUACAUUCGGCUGCAUCCAUAGAUUUUGACGACAACACACCUUUCUUUGCGAGACCACCUAAGAACAACAGGAGGCGACCGUUUGGCGAGUGGCUUCUCUCCUGGCUUGGCCGAGAAACACUUGCGCUUCCGAUCUGGCUGUGGGCUGUGUAUGGUGGCACGAAGGUCGAAUGGCGAGGAAGGAAGUUUUGGGUGGGCAUGGACACGAAAGUUCACGAGAUCGCGUCGGAGCGAGAAGGUCUGCAGAUAAAUGGACACACUGCGAGAUCAAGUAGUAAGGAUAGAACAGACUAA